UCCCAUAUCGUUUAUUUAUGGUUACAUAAUUUCCUUUAUUCUAAGUCCAGGAUCAACGUAGAACGUAACAGUAGAUUCCCGCUUCAACUUCAACUUAAGUUAGUAUACAAAAACGAGAUGUCGUCUGUUCAUAACGAUGUUCGGAAAAAAGAACGGAGUCACGAUUCAUAGUUUCAUUUUAUAAGUCCGGGUUGGCGUAGCAUAACAAAACUUAUAAACCGAUGCAAUAAACGUAGGUGGGAAUGUUGUUUCCUUAAUGCGCUUGUAAUUCAUAUUUUGUUCAUAGUUAUCAUGAAGUCUAUUUAUAUUUUGUGUACGUUUUGUCUGCUUGAUAUCCGUAAAUUACAUCGUUUGAUUAAAUAUAUAAAUGCUUCAUAUAUUUAUAAAUUACUGACGAUACAAUAGUUAAAUUAGAGAAAUUGAAAGAUAAAAGUGAAUUACUGUGUUCAAGUAAACUGCAGUUUUAAUUUAUCUUUCCAACUUCUUAAUUCAAAUAAGAGCAUUAAUAAAAUGUCUCCAACGAAAUUAAUUAGAAAUAGCAGAAAUGAAUUUGAAUAUCCAAAUGCGAAAAAAAGAAAAAUUAAUAUUCAUGACGACAGAACUAUUAAUGGUUCGAUAGAAAAGUUAGAAAGUAAUGAUACUACCGAUUUACAUAUAUUUGAUUCAUUUUUUUUGGAUGAUUUUAAUGCAAUAAAUUCGUCUAAGCAGCCUGGAAUAUUAAUGGAAAAAGACAUAAUAGUAAAAAAAGAAAUAUUAGAUUCUAUUACUAUUAAAAACGAAAAUAAACAAAUCGAUUCAAUUGAAAAUAUACAUGAACGAACCAAAGAUAAAUGUGAGAUAUCUGAAAAAAUCAUUAAACCUAAAUGUAAAAUGACUUCUGCUAUAAAAUCUAAACGAAAUAAAAGGGUUGAAGACAGUGAUGUUUUAAUCGAACAAGAAAAUAUUAUGGAAGAAUUAAAAGAUAUAGAAGAAAGUGAACAAAUAUCAGAUAAUGAUAGGGAGAAAUUAGAAAAUUUAUAUAUUAAAUUGAUACACGAAAUACCACCCCAACAUACAAUUGAAAGUAAUGCUGGAUGUCGUGGACUCAAGGAUCAUGAAAAAAAAUUAUUUGAAAAGUAUGGACCGCUUCGUAAAGGUACUUACUCCUUGCAAGAAGAUGAAAUUAUCAAAAAAAAUUGGAAAAUAUUUUGUAAACUUCACAACUGGAAGAUAGAUAAUGUAAAACCAUUCCUAUCAUUAAAACAUAAUGGUAAAUAUUAUAUACAUAGUUUUGAAGAACGACAAAAAUUUGUUCAAUUUUUAGCUAAUGGAUUACCAUGGAGAACUCUGUAUAGUGUAUAUUGGCGAUUCAAAAAUUUAUAUCAUAAUCAUAUUUGUCAAAGAUAUAGUCCUGAAGAAGAUAAAAAGAUAAUAACUUAUGUAGAAAAAAAUAAUAAUCUGAAUAAACAUAAAGUUUUCUCUGAUUUAUCUAAAAUAUUGAAUCGUUCUAAGCAUUCAAUCUGGAUGCAUUAUGAGUUUAUUAUAAAAAAGCGUAAUAUUGAAGAGGAGAAUAUUUCUAUAUUGAACCCAAUAUGGACGUUAUCAUUAAUUAAGAAAUAUAUUAAAAAAUUACUUAAAUUAACAUUAUGUGAUGACAUACAAGAAUUGAAAAAUGCUACUAUCCCAAAGAUAGUUUGGAAAGAGUUGGAAAAGAAAUUAAAUAUAGAUCAUAAAACACUAAAAAGCUUUUGGGUGUUACAAUUACAUAUGCAGCUAUUUUGUCCAAAUAUCAUUUAUAUGAAUGAUGUUAAAAUACAAUUAAUAGAAUAUAUGUUUGAGAAAGGUAUAACAAAUAGCAAAGAAAUAGUAUGGUCAAAUCUUGUAAAAUACUUCGAUGGAAUGACUUCUUCGUUUCUAAAUAAAACAUUUAUAUAUCUCAUGAAGGAAUAUGAUGUAAAAAAAUAUAGAAGGAAAAGUUUUUUGGAUGCUAUAGAAUAUUUAUACGAAAAAAAAAUACCAGAAAUAAAAAAUCAUAAAUUAGAUAGAUAUUUACCUCAAAUUCAAUAUACUAAUGGAAAUAUAGAAAUUUUUACUGAAGAGAAAAUGAAUAAACUGAAAGAUAAACAAAAUAAAAAAUAAAUAACUACAAUAAAUUAUGUACCUUAUUUUUCAAAUUAUCACACAUAAAAUAAUGAUAGAACUAAUAUACAUAUAUUGGAUUGUAACAUAUAAAUAAGUUCAGUUAUACUCUAUUAUAAUUAAUACGUGUCUAUACUUCCGAGCAAAUUUAAUUAAUUAUGUUACAAUUUAAUACAUAUAUAUAAUCAACCACUUUAAUUUUUGAUAAUGAUAAUAUUAGGUUGAAGCUAAAAAUAUGAAAUUUAUUUUAGAAAAUGUGACAAUACAUUGAUAUUUUAGAAAUGUGACGAUACAAGUGAUAUACAAUUAUACGUACAGAUAUAUAUAUUUUUUUUUACAGUUCACAUUGGAAUAUAAUAUUUUAUGUCUUGUUUUUUUUAGAUUCUUUUUCAAGUGCCUUU